AUGCCCGUCCUGCGGACAAAAGCGUCGCGAGGAGAUCUUACUCGCGAUCGAAGAUCUGGACUCCAUCGACCCAGCACCGUUGGAGGGGAACGCGGGGAUCUGCGAAAGUAUCGAAGCAUCGAGACUAGAUGGGCAGACGGGAGUUUUCUGUCGCCGGACGACGCGAUAUGGGAUCUGAAGAGACGCACCAGCGAGGGAACAGAGUUCCGGUGGGCUCUGCACACGUCCAACACCGAUCUGGACCUGGCGAAGAGAACGAAAUGCAGCUGCCACAGCUUGACGCCCGAAGAGAAGAAAUCUCACGACGUCCAACGCGGCGAUCUCAGAAAGCACCACAGUGCGGAGACGGACAAGUGGUCGGUGAUGCCGGACUAUCUGCAAACGCCGAUGCACGAUCUGAGAAAGCACAGCAGCGAUGAUACCAGAAUGGCCAGAGAGGCCAGAUGGCUCCAGGUGCCGGAAGUGUUGCCCAACCCAAAGCCACGAUGCACUUGUCCGAAAUCGAAGACCUUGGCACCCUCGCCACCGCCAUCGCCACCGCCACCGACACCGCCGCCGCCGUUGGAAACGAUAGAACCACCGGAACCGGAGAAACCAGUGAUCAAAGAACCGGAGAGAAAGCUGUACUACUCCGCGUCGUUGAACGUGGAACGACCCGAAGAAUCAUCCGCGCCUGUAACGGAAAGACCAGAACUGAAGAAGCACGCCAGCGAGGACAUCAGGCCGCAGAAGACCGAGAGGGUCAGGCCCAAGCUGGAACGUUCUCAUGCGAGAGUCGACAGUCAAACGUCGAAGAAAUGGGGCGCCAAGGAAAAGGUGGUCAGCCCCGAGGAAGGGAAGAAACCUCGGCCAAGGUGGGCGAUGAAGCCUCACUUCUCUCUACCCGUGGAGGACAAAAAAUCGAGAUGGAGGAGCCAGGACUCCACGGAAGGGUUCAAGAGCAAAAGCUUGAAAGAACGACCGAAGUACAGCAUUCGAAGGAGCAUGUCACCGGAACCCGAUCCGCGUCAGAUCACCAAGCUGGAGAACAGAAUCGUCCGACGACUGAUAUCCCCCGAGAUCACCAUCACGGACGCUAAAUGGGCUCCUUACGAGGACGCUUCCCCCUUGCCAACGAUAGGGGUGAAGAAACGAGAGCCGAAGCACAUCAGCGAGAUCAAGUGGAGCCCGUACGACGGAUCACCAUCCGCUGGCGACGGCCGCGGCAGCUUUGCGGUUCAGGAACCCGAGGAUAAGAAGUCUUGGUCGCCUUUCCACAACGUGACGCCCACUCACCAUCCACCCCCCGAGGCGACACCCUGCAGAACCGACGACGACGAGGACUUCCGUUGGAGAAUCUUAAACCAGAUCUCCGCGUUUCCGAUUUACCAGGGCGGUUGGAAGGAUGAGUCGCCGGAGAGAACACCGCCCAGAGUGCAGUCUCCCGUAGAUCUCUCCCCGCCUGUUUGGUCGCCUCUGGUUCCAACGUCUCCCGUGAAGAGGCAACGAUCCCAGCAACAGUACUCGCCGCAGCCACCGCCGCCGGUUCACAGGAAGAGCAUCGCGAAGGCUCGUGGUUUAUCCAAGAAGAUAUUCAGGGCCAGAUCGGAGGUUGGUCAUCAAGGGGAGGAGAGACUGGCGCCCCCCACCGUGAUCGUUCGCGCCGCCAGCGAGGAGCCAAAGUCCCGUCAGAGGCCGCAGUUGAUCAGGUCGAAGGCUCUGUUGGAGGUCCCCGUGACCAUGGGGAUCACGAAGAGGUCCUUGAGCGAGGAGGUGCCGCGCAUGGGUAGCCGUGAACGGCCACGCGGGCCGCACAGGGCUCGCAGCGAGGAGGUGCCCAAGUACGAAGACCCGUGGUUCACCAACGACAGCUUGGUCCAGGCGACAGAGUUGCGCGAGUACGUAACCACGGUUUAG